CUCUCUCUCUCUUCUGCCAAGCUGGAAAAACAACCAACCCCAAUUCACCUCGACCAUAUAUAUAGAUGAUUCCGGGCAGCGCAACUGACACACAGCACCUGGAAAUCUGACACACAUCUGGCACAUCGGCGUCACCGCACCACCCCUAUCGAAUAGCUCCGGUCCAUAUAAAGACACCUCCUUCCUUUUUCCAUCAUCUCUCCCUGAAACAGAAAAAGGGCAGCGAAGAGGAAAGAGAAUCUGGCGAACAUGAGCGCCAGCAUCAGAAGCAUCCCAGAAGAUCCCGUUAACCCAUCGUCUUACGUUCGUCUCCUCGAUGGAGAAGAAGGCGCAUCGAUCCCCUCCAAUGGCAGAAGGUCCGUCUCCAGGACUCUCGCUCUCGCCUUCUCCGGCCUUCUGCUCCUCGCUCUCGGUUUGUUUUUGAGCGGAACGAUUGACGGACCGGAGGAGAAACCCGACAUGGAUGGUGGCGUCUCGCGAUUUGAUAUCGGACGGGGCGUUUCGGAGGGCGUGUCGGAGAAAUCGGUGAAGAUGUUUCUCGGAGCGGAGAAGCAGUACACGUGGACAAACGCCAUGCUCGAGUGGCAGAGAACGGCUUUCCAUUUCCAACCGGAGAAGAACUGGAUGAACGGUCCUCUGUUCUACAAGGGAUGGUACCACUUCUUCUACCAAUACAACCCCGACUCAGCCAUUUGGGGCAACAUAACAUGGGGCCAUGCCGUAUCGACUGAUCUCAUCCAUUGGCGUCACCUCCCUUUAGCAAUGGUCCCUGACCGUUGGUACGACGCAAAUGGCGUCUGGACUGGUUCUGCCACCCUCCUUCCCAAUGGCUCCAUUGUGAUGCUCUACACCACCUCCACGAACGAGCAUCUCCAGGUACAGAACCUUGCCUACCCCACCAAUCCCUCCGACCCUCUCCUUAUCAACUGGACCAAGUAUGAUGGAAACCCAAUACUCCUCCCACCUCCUGGCAUUGGCCCCAAGGACUUCCGCGACCCCACCACUGGCUGGUUGGCCCCUGAUGGCAAGUGGCGGAUCACCAUCGGUUCCAAAGUGAACAAGACGGGUGUAUCGCUCGUCUACAAGACGUUGGAUUUUAUCUCCUUCGAGCUGGUGGACAAGCUGAUGCAUGCCGUGCCUGGUACAGGAAUGUGGGAAUGUGUCGACUUUUAUCCUGUGUCGAUGAGCGGGAAGAAUGGUCUAGACACAUCAGCGAAUGGCCUUGGGGUGAAGCAUGUGCUGAAGGCUAGUUUGGACGAUGACAAGAACGAUUACUAUGCGAUUGGGAUGUAUGAUCAUGAGAAGGACAUAUGGACCCCAGAUAAUGCCGAGUUGGAUGUGGGGAUUGGGAUACGGUAUGACUAUGGACACUUCUAUGCGUCGAAAACAUUCUAUGAUCAGAACAAGGAGCGGAGGGUGUUAUGGGGUUGGAUCCGUGAGACAGACAGCGAGAAGACGGACAUUGAGAAGGGAUGGGCAUCCCUACAGGGCAUACCUAGGGUGGUGUUGUUUGAUGAGAAGACAGGGAGCAAUUUGCUUCAGUGGCCAGUGGAAGAAGUAGAGAGCUUAAGAAUGAGCAGUAAGGAUUUCCACAACAUCCAGAUCCCUGCUGGAUCAGUUGUGCCGUUGGAUGUCGGCAUGGCCACACAGUUGGACAUAAAUGCGGAGUUUGAGAUAGCUAAGGAAGCUUUGGAGGGGACAAUUGAGGCCGAUGUGGGCUACAACUGCAGUUCCAGCAAUGGGGCUGCUGGAAGAGGCAUGUUGGGACCGUUUGGGCUUCUGGUUCUUGCUGAUCAGGGCCUCUCGGAGCAAACGGCUGUGUACUUUUACAUCAGAAGGGGGACCGAUGGCAAUCUCCGAACCUUCUUCUGCCAAGAUGAAUUAAGGUCUUCUAAGGCAAACGACAUUGUCAAAAGAGUAUAUGGGAGCACAGUUCCUGUUCUUGAUGGUGAAAAAUUGUCUGUGAGAAUACUGGUCGACCAUUCAAUCGUUGAAAGUUUUGCCCAAGGAGGGAGGACAUGCAUCACAUCUCGGAUCUAUCCAACAGUGGCUAUCUAUGCAGCAGCUCGAGUCUUCCUCUUCAACAAUGCCACUGGAGCUGGUGUCACAGCAACUUCUCUCAAAAUAUGGCAGAUGAACUCUGCAUUCAUUAGCCCCUUCUCUGUCUAAUCCUUUAUUUAGAACAUGAAUGGUCGCCUGUAUUUUUUCCCUCGGCCGCUCUCAAUAACCUUACCAUUCAUUUAAUCCCCCAUCCUUCAACCUUGCAUUGAUUUCAAUAUCUUGAAUAUUAGCAUUCUGGCAUUCUCUGAGGAGCUGUAUUCACUACCAUCUGAAGGAUAUGUAGAAAAUUUUGUUGCAGUGAAAUAGAUCCCAUGGGCGAUCUUGACGUUAUUGGCUA